AUGUCCGGUAUGGCGUCGGAGGGCGGAACCAAUGAGGCAGCGGCAGCGGCGGCGACGGAGGGGGAGAAUCAGCGUCGGAAGGGGAAGCCGUGGGACGAGGAUGGCCCCAGCAGCACCGACCGCUUGAAGGCGGAGAAGUUCGAGCCCUCCUCGAGCGAGGGCGCCCUGCUCGAAACCACCUCCUUCUCCACCACCUUCGCCAAAGACAAAGAGGAGUUUCUGCUGGAGGCGUGGCCGGUCGUCAAGGGCGCACUGAAGGAGCACGGGGUCUCGUGCAAGCUCAGUUUGAGUGAGGGAUCCAUGACGGUUUCGACCACCAGGAAGACCAGGGACCCGUACAUUGUUGUCAAGGCAAGGGACCUGACCAGACUCCUGUCGCGGAGUGUCCCUGUACAUCAGGCGAUUAAAAUACUCAACGAUGAUAUGACCUGCGAUAUUAUUAAGAUUGGUGACCUCGUACGGAAUAGGAAAAGGUUUUCUGAACGGAGAGACCGUAUGUUAGGACCUAAUAUGUCUACCCUUAAGGCCCUAGAGAAUUUGACUGGCUGCUACAUCUUAGUUCAGGGAAAUACUGUUGCUGCCAUGGGUUCCCUUGACGGAAGGGGACUAAGACGAGUCAGAAAGAUUGCAGAGGAUUGCAUGAAUAACAUAAAGGGUCCACUGGAUCACAUUCAGGAACUCAAAAAAGAACGUGAGCCGGCUAAAACACCUGCCCUGGCUAAUGAAAGCUGGGGCAGGAUUCUACCGAAGUAUGAGAAGGAGAAUAUCAAACUGGAGCAGCCAUACACACCCUUUCCAUCUCCGCAGCAGCCUAGCAAGACUGAUCUUGAACUUGAGAAUGGCAAGUAUUCUCUGAGUGACGAAAAGAAUUCGACAAAGAAACUAGAAGAGAAGUCGGACAAGCAAUCGAAGAAAGUGGAUGGAAACAAAAGAAAGAGAGAAGCUGCAUCUAUUCCCCCAAAGGGGAGCACUGCAGGUUCAUCUGAGUCUGCCAUGGCCACCAGUGGGGAUAACGAGGUUGCUGAUAUAGUGGCCAUGCCCUCAAAGAACAAGGCAAAGAAGGAAUGCAUAAAGGGUGGAUCACAAGAAAAUGUGUGA